AUGGCCGCGACGCCGCCUCAACAAUCCCUCCGCUCCUCGGAGCCUCCUUCGAAGGCAGGCGCCCCGAAGGCCAGUGCGAGCAAGGUGAAGACCAAAAAGCCGUCACCUGUGGAGAGAGAUCUGGAUUGGCCUCGGGCCGAACGAGCGGAUCCACGGGAUCCCAGGACCUUGGGCCCACCGUGCAAUGGGCUUCACCAGGAGGCCCUUCCAGGACGGGGAAGCCCAAGUGGAGCCAACGGCCAUGCCAUGUGGAGGGCAUGCCGAGUGUGCGGACUCCGGAUCCUCUAUGUGCCUCGGAUCGGAGCGCAUGGGCUAUCUCGCAAGGCGGGACCGCUGAGCGCCGACACGGCUCAGGCAGUCAAAGAGUUGCCUCCGCCGAGUGUCACAGAGCCAGCUGUGGUGAUCGAAGGGGAUCUGGAUGGAUAUCCCGACAAUCCGAAGCCGGCUCUGGAGUACCAGGACCUUCGGACCCUGUCGAACGACGACCGGAAGCACGAACCGGGACCUCCAGCGAAGUCAGCGGCACCGAUGCCAAAGGGUGCUGCCCCGAGCAACGGUGCGGUGGAUCUCACCGACGAGCAGAUGCCUCCCCAUCCGGGGAGGAAGUCUCGGAGAGAGGUGCAGGCGGCGGAGGAGCUGGAGUUCCAGAGUCGAGACACGCCGAAUGGCCAGGGCGUGGAGGAUCUUGAACCCGAUGCGGAGGCAUGCUGGAUGGCCCGGGAUGACAAGAUGCAGAUCGAGGCCCAGGCCAAGGAUGCCUGUCACAGAGCAGUGUUCACUUUUUCCAUGCUCGAGAAGAUUCUCAUGUUGACCUUUGAGUGUGCAAAAGGCAAGUCCCGUAGCACGGUCCAUAAGUCCGAGGGAAAGAUUUGCAAUCACCUCUAUGGCUUCUAUGUGUUCGGUGGCUUCUCUGGUAUUACCAAUCGCACCCAGGAGUUCCCCGAGGUCACAGAUAUUUCGGAGACGGACCGCUACGACCAGGAUUCCCAUGUCUUCAACUUGGUAAUCGAGCUGUGUGCCGUGCCGGAGGGGAUGUUUGAGAAUGUCAUGAAGAAGCAUCAGGUUCCCAUUUGCAAUGUGAACGCACAGGGUAGACCGCAGUCUCAAUUAUGCACUACCAAGGGACUGGGUGAUCGACAGCUUGACCCCGGAAAACUUCAAGUGGAUCCUGUGCGGGAACCUCGCAACUUCAAGAGUUUCCGAAAGGCAGUUCAGAGUGGACUCAUGUUCAUGAAUCAGCAGUUGAAGCGAGGAGGGAGUGUGUGCCUUGAAUGCCCUGUUGAUUCUGCUGUGUUUCGACUACCAGAAUUCAAAGGCUUUCUUAAUAUGCUGGCCCGACAGGGAAUGAUGUAUGUGACCCGGACCAAGAACCACAAGGUGAUCUGCACCUCCUCCGUGAUGUCUAAAGUGCUUCAUGUUGAGUCCAACCAAGAGCUACCCGAAGUGUAUCACCGCGUUUCCGCCCUCUUCUCAGGUAAACAUGAUGCCUUCUUUGAGGGCGAACCGGUUUUCACUGCGGAUGCCUCCGAGAUCCUUCAGGACCUUGAUCUGAAAGAGUUAGAGUCUCUUACGCACAUUGCCAUGCAGUUGCAUCGCAAAAUGGGUCAUCCCGGAAACAGACUUUUGGUUCGAAAUUUGAAGGCGCGUGGAGCAGAUCAGAAACUGUUGGCUGUGGCAUCACAACUCAAAUGUGAAGAGUGUUACGAGGGACAGUUCAAGAAUCUUCAACCAGUUGUGAACCUCGAGAAAGAAGACACUCUGUGGGCCACUGUGCAGAUAGAUGCGUUCACGAUGAAGAUUGCAAAAGCUGUGUGUCAUUUCAUCUUGUAUGUCGACGAAGCUUCGGGAUAUGCGGUUGUAGAUGAGAUCAUGCGACAUCCAGCAGACAGCAACGAGAACAUAAGCACAGCCCAGUUCCUCAAAUCCCUGCACAUGAGAUGGAUUCAGUAUUUUGGGAUACCCACCGUGAUCAAGUUGGACUUGGAAGGGGCGUUCCGUGGAAUCCAGUUGAGAGACUGGUGUGGAACAAGGGGAGUGCGUUUGGAGCAUGCCCCAGCGGAGUUCCAUCAGUCAAUUGGGGAUGUUGAGAGGCAGAUUGGCUUCUUGAGACACAAGAUAGAAGUUUUCCUUCGUCAUGAGCCACACGACCCAUCAAUUGUUGCUGCUUCCAUGGUUGGAGCACACAACCACCUGGCAAGAGUUCAUGGAUUUUCUCCUGCACAAUGGGCCUUAGGUCGAGACCUGCAAGCUUCUGGCCAUGCCAAUCCUGGACCAGGAGAGGAUGUUGCCAUCGGUACUAUGAACACAUCAGGUACCGACUUGCAUUCGUCAAUGGUGCUGAGAAAACGGGCCGAACAGGCUUUUCGAGAGCAGCGGGAGAAAGACCUUGCCUCCCGAGCGCUGAAUGCUCGAACCCGGAGCAGUGAAAUCUUCACACCGGGAGAUUUGAUAUACUACCGUCGACUUAAAGAACCGGCUGACCAAGCAGCCAACUCGAUCGUCGACAAAUCGAGAAUGAGAAUAGGCCGCUUCUACGGACCGGGACGGGUCCUUGCCAGCGAGACCAAGGUCGAGCCGGAUGGGAGAAAGGCCUCACAUAUGAUCUGGAUCAUCAGCCAAGGGCGCUUGAAAAAGUGCCACUCUUCACAACUCCGUCAUGCGACGGAACAGGAGAGGUUGAUCUCCAAGGCCUUUGAACAACAAUCUAUGCCAUGGACCUUGUCGGCUUUGACCAGGCUUUUGGACAAAGGAGAAUACGAUGAUGAAACGGUUCCUCCACCAUCCGAGCGGAAGCGAGGGAGGAGCCGAACUCCUGGAAGAGCUGCAUCUCGAGGCAGACUCCCUAUGAAUGAAGACCCGGAGCCAUCUGUCCCUGAACCUCAUCUUCCUCCUCCUGACGCUGAAUCUGAGCCCGAGCUGAUUCCCGUACCACCUCCAACGACCUCACGGUCGCGGAGUCCAGUGCCUCCAACCCAGGACUAUGAGGAGCCUCCAGUUCCGGCACAGAGUUUGGUUGUUGAGGAUUUGUUGCACGACGUGAACUAUCUUCCUUCGUUUUCUGGACACCAGUGGACAGCGAGACCUCGCAAGGGAAACCGAAGGAUGCGCCGUGGGUUGCAACAAACGGCCUUGGACAAGGAGGAGGCCGAACAGUCCGUGUUCUCGGUUGUGAUCGAUGCUCCGGACUCUGAAGAAGGGUGGAAAAGAAUAGUGAAAGAUCCACGAAAAUUUGUUUCUAAGUCCAUCCAGAAGGGCGUGGAAGUCAACUGGCAGAAACUGUCUCCAGAACAACAAAGGGCGAUGGCAGAGGCGAAAGCGCUUGAAGUUGACCAGUGGAUCUCGACCCAAGCCUGUGAGGCGGUGCGCCAUGUGGUUCCGGAUUCCCAACUUCUCCGAAUGAGAUGGGUUUUGACCUUUAAAAGUGCUGGCAGUGACACCGCGAAUGCCAGCAAGAUGAAAGCCAAGGCGCGCAUAGUUAUCCUUGGAUUCUCUGACCCCCACUUGCUUGAAGUCGAGACAGCAUCACCAGCAAUGUCUCGGUUGAGCAGACAACUUUUCCUGCAGAUGUGCUCUACCCGACGGUGGAGAGCACUGAAGGCAGACGUGAAAAGUGCGUUCUUGCAGGCUGAACUUGCAGAGGCGAUGAACCUGAGACCUCAAGACCGAGACAAGAAGAUCGUCGUGGGCAUCAUCACCAGCCACGUGGACGAUUUUCUCCUCGGCGGCGAGGAAGACGAUGAUACUUGGAAUACUUUCGUCGAGGCUUUCCAUGCUGCAUAUAAGUGGUCACCGUGGGACCUCAAGCAGAUUCCUGUUCCUCGAGAAGAGAGGCCCAUGUCCGAAUCCGAGAUGUCUCAGGGUGAUGCUAUCAACCUCUCCAAGAGCUUCGAGAGCACCCGCAAGACUGCCGGUUACCUGGUUAUCGCCCUCAGUCAACACAUCCAGGAGCAAGAGACAACGCUCCUUUGGUGCGAUUCAGACCAUCAGUUAGCGGACGGCAUGACGAAAAGCCAGAAGCAGGAUUGCAUCAAGAAGCUGUUGCUGUCUGGUGUGUGGAGGUUGAGAUUCGAUGAUGCCUUUAUUAGUGCCAAGAAACGCCGAAGCAUGCUGGCGUCUGAAGACUGA